UCGCUCAGCUGCGUGGCGGAGACAGCUCAUACCAAGGGCUCGAGGUAGGCUACUGUAUUUACGUAGACUGGGCCAUUAAAACACUAUUCACAUCCUCAUAUGAUAUCUGCAGAAUCUCCUGUCUGAGGUGCAAUGGCUAGGAAGACGGACAUUCCUCCUUCAUACUAUGGUGAGCCGCGCAAGUUUGACCCGGGCUUCAGAGGACCUAUCCAUAACAGGGGCUGCACGGAUGUGGUGUGCUGUGUCGUAUUCGUCAUCUUCAUCCUCGGCUACAUCGCUCUGGGCACCGUGGCCUGGAUCCAUGGCGACCCCAGGAAGGUGGUCUACCCUACUGACAGCCACGGACAGUUCUGUGGACAACAGGGGACCCCCAACGCCAACAAAGCCAUAUUAUUCUACUUCAACAUAUUGCAAUGUGCCAAUCCUGCCGUUCUCAUUAACCUCCAGUGCCCUACAACCCAGCUCUGUGUCUCCAAGUGCCCAGACAGAUUUGCCACAUACCUAGACAUGCAGUACAACUACAGGUACAACAACAGCUACUGGGAGUAUUACAGGCAGUUCUGCAAGCCGGGCUUCGACAAUCCUAGAAAGUCCGUUGCACAAGUCUUGAGAGAUGAGGACUGCCCUUCCAUGAUAGUGCCAAGCAGACCUUUCCUCCAGCGGUGCUUCCCAGACUUCAUCACCAGGAACGGGACGCUAACUGUCGCCAACAAGACAGUCUUCAAAGACGGCUUAGGUAAAACAAGGAGCGUGAUCGAUCUCCGAGACGCUGCCAACGGCAUUACCAGUCUGCUAGACGCCAAGGAGGUUGGCAUGAAGAUCUUUGAGGACUAUGCCAACUCCUGGUACUGGAUCUUAAUAGGUCUGGUGAUCACCAUGGUGGUCAGCCUGGCCUUUAUCCUGCUGCUGCGGUUCACAGCCGGAGUGCUCCUGUGGCUCAUCAUCUUCGGAGUCAUCGCUGUGGUGGGCUACGGGAUCUGGCACUGCUACUGGGAGUUCAGUACACUGAGAGGGAAGCCGCAUGGGGAUGGUGACGUCACCAUCUCUGACAUCGGCUUUCAGACGGACUUCAGAGUUUACCUGCAGCUCAGUCAGACCUGGCUCAUCUUCAUGAUCUCCCUAUCGGUCAUUGAGGCAGUCAUCAUAGUAAUCCUGAUAUUCCUGAGGAGGAGAGUACGCAUCGCCAUCGCUCUGCUGAAGGAGGGGAGCAGGGCCAUUGGCUACAUCAUGUCCACUCUCUUCUACCCGAUCAUCACUUUUGUGCUGCUGGCCAUCUGCAUAGCGUACUGGGCGGUCACUGCUGUCUUCUUGGCGUCUUCUGGCGAUGCUGUCUACAAGGUCAUGUCGACGCAGGACAAAUGCGUGUAUGCCAACCUCACCUGUGAUCCAGAGACCUUCAGUCAGACCAACGUGACCAAGGUGUGCCCUGGCUCCCAGUGCACCUUUGCCUUCUACGGCGGUGAGAGCCUCUACCACCGCUACAUCUUUGUGCUGCAGCUGUGUAACCUGCUGGUGUUCCUGUGGCUGGUCAACUUCACCAUCGCCCUGGGACAAUGCACCCUGGCCGGGGCCUUCGCCUCCUACUACUGGGCCCUGAGGAAGCCCCAGGAUAUACCAUCCUGUCCACUGUUCUCCUCCUUCAGUAGGGCUGUAAGGUACCACACAGGCUCUCUGGCGUUUGGCUCUCUGAUCCUGGCCAUAGUGCAGAUGUUCCGCAUUGUUCUGGAGUACCUGGAUCACAAACUCAAAGGUGCGCACAAUGCUUUUGCCCGCUUCCUGAUUUGCUGUCUCAAAUGCUGCUUCUGGUGCCUGGAGCAUUUCAUCAAGUUCAUGAACAGGAACGCCUACAUCAUGAUUGCGAUAUAUGGGAAGAACUUCUGCACCUCGGCUAAGGAUGCUUUCUUCCUCCUGAUGAGGAACGUAGUGAGGGUGGCAGUGCUGGACAAGGUGACAGACUUUCUGCUCUUCUUGGGAAAAGUGCUUAUUUCAGGGAGUGUUGGUGUUUUAGCGUUCUUCUUCUUCACCCGUAAGAUACCAGUUAUUCAAGAAGAAGUGCCAUCACUAAAUUACUACUGGGUCCCCCUGCUGACGGUGAUAUUUGGAUCCUACCUGAUCGCCCAUGGCUUCUUCAACGUCUACGCUAUGUGUGUGGACACCUUAUUCCUUUGUUUCUUGGUGGAUCUGGAGGUGAACAGCGGCUCUGCUGCCAGACCCUUCUACAUGAGCAGCACCCUGAGGCAAAUUCUCGACAAGAAGAACAGCAAGAGGAGGAAAGACAAGAGAGAGCGGGGAAGAUGAGAAGAGAGGAACAGAUACAGGGUGACUGGAGGAGACAGGCAGGAGAGGUGAUGGAGAUGGGGGAAGGCACCUGUGCAUGAUGUAGAGAUGGAAGACAGACAAUUCUAAUCCUGGUCCAUAUUGUACCUGCUACCAUUAUUAUUAUGCUCUUUGGACAUAAUAUGUGAAUUGUCUUAUCUUGCCUUACAGUACUUGGAUGUACUAACGAACUAUCACCAUAAACAAUGACAACAGUGCGGUUAGCUUAACUGUGGCCAAAUCGUGCAUUUAAAGGCAACUGCAAGUUCUUGGUUUUACCAAUGUACUGUGAAGCACUUACUUGAGUGAACAGCGAAGUGUACAUUUGCAUAAUAAUAGGUUGCACCACAUACUACCUGUCAGCAGGCCCAUGUCACUGUAUGCAGGAACUCAAACCAGCCACAAGAUGGUACUCUUAAGGUGGACAUCUUAAAGGUCCAGUACAGAAGUUUUAAAUCACGAUAUCAUGUCUGGGUAACAAUUAAGUACGUUACUGUGGUUUCAAUUAAAGAGGUCAGAGAGAAACAAAAAUAGCUUCUCAGCAAAAGAGCAAUUUCUCAAGCAAGAAUUAUGCUAGGACUGUCUGGGACUGGUCUGAGUCGGGAGGGGAAAACCAGCUUUUAUUGGCAGAGAGGUUAGGAACUCUCAUUCUUAUUGGUCUAUUAGCUCAUUUGUCACCUGGUGAUGUCACCAGGCAGGCCAAAACUCCAUCCCACCAAAACAGGAAAUAUGAAUGUUGACUGCACUGGGCCUUUUAAGAAAGGUUACACCAAGACAGCUGAGUGAACGGCUGCUUGGGUUAAUACUGUACAUGAAAUGUCCAUAGUUACCAUGUAUAAUUAUGCUCUUCAAGCUCCUUGGAGCACUAACUUUUAUUUUCUCCUAUUGAGAAAGCUAUUUGCCAUACAUUGUCCAUUGUGCUAAUGUCUCGUUGUAGCAACCUUCUAACUUGUCCAAUUGUAAGUAUGUAAUAGCCCUACAAUUAGGUGCUUCAGUAAGUGCCAAAGUGCAACGGAAAUCAGCAGGAAUGCAGCGUCGAGGACCCUUACCUGUAUGUAUUGGAUUCUGGCCUCCAUUGACCAUAAAUCGCACAGUGUUACAAAUUAUGUUUCCCUCUUGUAUGCCAUUCAAGGUUUUUGGUCUAAGGUCUUCGUCCCAUUCCUUCUUUGUGCAGCAGCACUGUGGGGACAGAUAAUGUGCCAUUACUACGUCUGUCCCAUAGUGGCAUCACUGCCAGUAUCAGAGAUAGAGCAUCCUUUUCCACUGGGAUACAGUACAGUAGCACAUGUCCAUACCAUUUUUGUUAUUGAAAUUCGACCUGUGUAAGGGCACAACAACUUUAUGAUCAUGUAAAUAUGGAAGUAAUGCAUAUCCGAGAAUAAUCUGAAUGGAUUACUACAGGCGCCUGUGCUUUCUUCUCUCCCUGUUAUUGCCAUGAAAGAACAGUCCCACUUUAAUGCAACAAUGCCAAUAAACUAUGACUAUGCAUAUGCUAUAGUAUGUACAGUGCCUUCAGACAAUAUUCACAACCCUUGACUUUUUCCACAUUUUGUUGUUACAAAGUGGGAUUCAAAUGGAUUUAAUUGUAAUUUUUGUCAACGAUCUACACUAAAUAAUCUGUAAGUGAAACAAAUUGAGAGAAUGCCAAGAGUGUGCAAAGCUGUCAUCAAGGCAAAGGGUGGCUACUUUGAAGAAUAUAAAAUAUAUCUUGAUUUGUUUAACACUUUUUGGG